ACUGCAGAAUGAGAGGAAAUCUGGACAAAAUAGCAAUGGGCGCGUGUGAAUGGCUGGUCUGAAAAUGUGUUGAGUUUAUCAGUCCAUAUUCAGUUUGUGAAGCGACACACCCCGUAAUAAAGGUGAUUAACAGCAACGAUAAUGAGGCGUCUGGGUUCAGUGCAGCAGAAGAUCCCAUGCGUUUUCCUGACGGAAGUGAGAAACGAACCAUCCAGAAAACGCGACUGUCAGCAGUAUCAGGUGGUGGCCACGGAGAACGUGAACCCUGCUGCUCUUGAAUCAGAUAUUCACUGUGCAGCAGCAACCGAGAAGAUUGAUGGGACAUGCUGCUAUGUCACCACAUACAAAGGGGAACCAUAUCUCUGGGCACGCUUGGAUCGGAAACCCACCAAGCAGGCGGACAAGAGAUUCAAAAAGUAUCAAUAUUCACAGAAGACCUGUAAAGGAUUUGUUUGGAGCGUGGACGAAGAUUUCCGCGAAGUGCCAGAAUCCUGGAUCACUGCUCACAGAGUCCAGCACGAGAACGGCCAUCCAGUGCCGGACAAACACGGACACAUACCAGGUUGGGUUCCGGUGGAUCAUAUCAACAAGCAGUACUGCUGGCAUGCCUCUGUGGUCAACUAUGAGACUGGUGUCGCCCUUGUCCUGAAGACACAUGGAGAAGAUGAGGGAUUGCUUGAAAUUGUCAGCGUUCCUCUGGCAGACCUCAUGGAGCAAACCCUUGAGCUUGUUGGAACCAACAUUAAUGGAAAUCCAUAUGGUUUGGGAAAUAAGAAGCAUCCAGUCCAUGUCCUGGUGCCCCACGGGGUCCUGCGCAUCCGAAACCCCCCUCCAGUGGAAUUCCAGCAGCUGUGUUCCUGGUUUCAGGAAAGCAAAGAGGGACGAGUGGAGGGUAUCGUGUGGCACUGUGAAGAUGGGACGCUGGUCAAGAUACACCGCCAUCAUCUCGGCUUGAAAUGGCCUGUCUGUGACACCUUCCUGAACAGCAGACCUGUGGUCGUCCUCGUAGAUGAAACGCCUGAUCCAGAUGCCUCAGAGAAGGACUUGUUCAAAUUGUUUUCCAGCAUAAACAGAAAACUCUUCAGCUGCAUACGGGACAUUCAGUUUGAACCCUGAUCCCAUAAAAAUAACUACCAAACAUUCCUGCAAAAUCUGGUUUUAACCAGAGUGAAGAAUCUUUGCCAACACUUAAUACUGGUCAAAGCUGCCUAUUGCAAAUUCACAUUGACACUUUGCUCAUAUAUGCACUUUGAUAUGUGGCUAACGCUGUGAUUGCUUUAUAUUUGGCAACUUUACUGUCAAUUUUUUUUUUAUUGUUAUUUAUUUAAUUCUUUUUUCCGUCUGUUUCAAUAGGUUUCAGAGGAUGGCAAUAGGUAUUUACAUAAAUGAAACAAAUUGACAUGAAUCGCCAUUUAUUACAUGUAAGAAGUCUCAAAAAUGAGGCAGUGAUAAAUAUAAAAAGGUCAAAUCCCUUCAGUUUCAGCUUAUGCUAAUAAGGCCAUAAAUCACAAAUAUUGUACAUAUUUGGCUCUAACUGAGCAGUAACAAUAAAAUCUAGUAACCUGA